CUGCAUGCGUUAUGAAGUCACCCUUGCUUAAAAAUACAUCCGGCUGAAUACAUGUCACUGCAUAAAUUAUCUUGAAGUUAAAGUUGGGCAUGGGCGCUUACCUUGUUUAUCCUCGGUCCUUACGCAACAUUUUGGUUGUUUGUUUGUUGUUUAACGCCGCACUGAGCAAUAUGACGGCGGUCUGCAAAUAAUCGAGUCUGGACCAGACAAUCCAGUGAUUGACAUCAUGAGCAUCGAUCCACGCAAUAAGGAUCGAUGACAUGCAUAUAUGGACUUGCUAAAUCAUUCUAGACUUGAGUUAGACUCUUUUUCAAUUCAAUCCCCAGGGUCUGGGCGACAGACAAGGCGGUCGUUAGUAUACCCAACCAGGAUAACCCUCGGACGGAAUGGCUCGGGUUGCCGUCAUUGGUGCAGGAGUGGUUGGUCUGUCUACCGCUAUUAACAUCAAGGACUGCAUGCCGGGAAGUCGCGUGGACAUAGUAGCAGACAAAUUCAACCAAGACACGACCAGUGUCGGUGCCGCGGCUUGGAUAGUUCCCUGGGCACCGGGGGUCGAUGAGGCACUUCAGAGGAAAUGGGGCCGAACUUCAAUGGAUUACUUCAUCAAACUGGCAGUUUCAGAAGACAGUGCAGACAGUGGUGCCAGUAUUGGUAUGGGGAUACAUUAUGCCACUGGACCACAGACUCCGCCUUUUAAACAUCUCAUGCUGUCCUUCGACCCAAUGUCCAAGGAGAGUGCCGAGAAGCUGAACCUAGGAAAGUUCUAUUGCUACACUGGCACAACCGUUGUCGUGGACAUGAGUACAUACCUCCACUGGCUCAUGGCAAGCUUCCAAGCCCGAGGCGGGAUUGUGCUCCAGAGGAAAGUGACGUCAUUCCAAGAGUUUGAAGGCCAGUACGACGUGGUGGUUAACUGUGCUGGUUUAGGGGCCAAAGCCCUGACUGGAGACGAGAAGCUGCAGCCAAUGAGAGGACAGAUUAUGAGGGUGGCCGCUCCGUGGGUGAAACACUACCUACACUGCUCGGACUCAGUUCAUUUUCUUCCCAAUGUUGAAAACACUGCCAUUGGCGGCAUCAAGUCUGUCGGUGAUUCUGACACAAGCGUACGCCUGGACACGUCCGAACACAUCUGGGAGAGCAUCACCAAGCUCUGGCCUCCCCUGAAGAAAGCUAAAAUAUUGUGGGAGUGGACGGGGCUGAGGCCCUACCGGGUGCCCCCAAGGGUGGAGGCUGAGGUCAUCCGGUAUGGGGACAAGAGCCUCAAGGUUGUGCACAACUACGGUCAUGGGUCGUACGGUAUCAGCAUGAGUUGGGGAACCGCCGUCCAUGCAGCAGAACUGGUUAAGGAAAUGUGUAAACCUACGUCAAGACUCUGAAUUAUCUCACCUUGUUUGUGGUUAGCAUUAUCUCCCCUUGUUUGUGGUUAGCCAAUCUGCUCAUCUCAAUCCAGUAGGUCAUCUCGGCUAGCAUUGGGAGGAAUCGACAUUGGAACUCGACUUACUAGUUUAAUCAGUUUACGGGACUAUAACAUUUAACAAGACAAUCUGGCGGCACUUAUGGUGGCGCUCAUGUAAAUGUUGCUUGAUAAUUAAAUCAUGUACCUAAUUACUUAAAACCAUAAAAGAAAUUCCUAAAAAUCGGCCGUCAUGUUGUACGCACUAUAUGAGGGAGGAACGUUCCGAACGCGGUUAACAGUGAAAUCAUCCAAAGUCACUACUCCGUUAUUGGCCGUUGUGUCAUGUAGGUAACGGAAUUCAUUCCAGGUCUAGAGAUUGUUAUUAGUGUCAUGUGUGACUGUCUCUGAUGGACGUCAUCUUUCACUGACUGGUGUUCAUCAUUGUCAGUUGAUGCCCAGCUUUGGCACAAACACAGUAUCUUAAGCGACAUGACGGUGUUGCUCGAUCAUUUUAUUACCGUCUUCGCCAUGCUUGUGGUUUUGACACAGAGGUCCAUCCAUGGUACGACCCAGAAUAUGUAGAGGGCGUCAUGGAAAAUGAUAAAUACAAAAUACUUUGGAAUAGGCCCGUAUGCAGUCUCAGGCGUAUCCAGACCAACAAUCCUGAUCUUGUCCUUUUUGAUAAAUCCAAUAAAAUAAUUUAUAUUAUUGAAUUUUCUGUCCCUUUUGACACUUACGUGAUUUACAAGUUUCAGGAAAAAACACAGCAACUAUGCGGACCUCGCUUUCGAAAUGUCACGCUUGCAUCCGAAGUACCAAGUUGUCCUACUCCCCAUUGUUCUCGGUGCCUUAGGUUUGGUACCUACCAAUCUGUUGACUGACAUUGGGAGACUACCAGGGUUUGCUGCCAGGAAUACAACCCUUCUGACAAUCUUAGAUCUGGAUCUGCAACGAACUUAAAGCAAUACUAAUUAUCUAUAAUAAGAAACAAAACAAACAUACGGCAGUUUCAUGUAUCCACUUUUAUUGCGAGCCUACAAGUUAAGGCGAGUUUACAAGUUCACAGAUCUGUAGGGGCUGUCUUGAAGUACCAUGGCUUGCCACGCACACUCCGUUUGAGGUUUUCGGACCGCGAGGUGUCGGACAAUAUUUCCUCGGCCAUAGGAUCCAGAGGGGGGUCCAGGGGGGGGGUUGAUAUUUUGUACCCCUCCCUUUAAAACCAAAUGUAGUAUGUUGUUGAGAAUCCUACCCCCCACCCCCACCCCGAUAGUAAUCGUUUAAUAAACAAUGAAAAUGUUAGUUUCGCUGUAGUAACAGAUGAAAUUAUGGCGUCAUAUAUAAGAGUGAGUGAGUUGGGUUUAACGCUGGCUUUAACAGUACUCCAGUUAUAUCACGGCGUGUCAGCUUAAUGUGGGAGGAAAGCACGAAGUGUUGCAGGUCUCAGACGUUUACCACUUCGGUGAAACCCAUGAGCACGGGUAUGGUGCUGACAAACCUAGAAACAUAAUCGGGGGUGAACCGGGAUUCGAACCCACAAUCAUAGGUUUCUGGCGUGUCCAGGGGACGCAACUCUUCACCCGUGCCCCCGCGUCAUAUAAGAUGGUGGUGUGACGGCUGAUAGAGAAUGACCCUACAUACAACAGACAUUUUAUGACAUAAUCAACGCAGGAUUAUGUAUUAUAUCUUCAACGUAUCGUUGUUAAAAUUGUUUGUAGAUUACAGGGUCCGUGCGAUUUAGUCACUGUCACUUAAGCAGUAAGUGUCAAAUAGUAAAACAGUCAGCCAAAGAGAGACGUACAGAUUGACAGA